UUCAUUGGCAUUUGCAGGAAUUUAUUUAGUAAAUAACUGACUUGAUUGUAAGAGUCAAAGACUCAUCAGAAUUGAAUCACCCUGAUGAUUUGGUUGCAUCUUAACUGACCCAGUUGCUUUCCCGGAAAAUUGUGAAAUUUUAAACUAGAAAUUCAUCAGUUAAGGAUAAUAGAGGCUCAGAGGCAAAUUUGGACAUAAACCACGUCGUUUCCUUUCAUUCGAUCAAGUAAAAACUCUCUCCCUGCCACGCGGCCAGCGUCUCUCAUCAGCUCUCUUCCUUUUGUUUGCUGCCAUGAGAUCAACUCCUCUCGGGUUGGCUUCCCAUCAAAUUCGACCGUUUACCUUGCCCUCAGUUCAAGUUUCCCUCCAUUGUCUCCCCAGGGCUCCUCUAAACCUCAAACUCUAUCCCAAAACCCCAUCUCCAAGUCGCUUCCACCCAAUAACAGCCAAAGCCCAACACACCCACCUCUCCACCCACCAAACCAGGACCCAGGACGAUGGCAUCCCAGUCGACCUCGUUAAAAUCCUUGUGAAAUUCAAGUCCAGACACAACUACAUCAGGGUUCUAGAAGUUUCUAGAAAGGCCGACCACCCAUUUGCCGGCUCUAGACUCCUCCUCCUGGAUGGUCCCGGAAACAUUCACAGCAUAUCUUUCCUAUUGAAAUCGUUCACAGAUACUUACUUCGAUGUCUUGGCGACAUUACCGGCCAUUCUGCCUCCUGGGCCAUUGGGAAUUCUUGGUUUUGGGGCAGGCUCUGCAGCUCGUUUGAUCCUAGAAACCUAUCCACAAGUAGUGGUUCAUGGGUGGGAGCUUGACCCGUCUGUGAUUGAAGUGGGUAGAGAGUAUUUUGGCCUUUCGAAGCUUGAAAAAGAGCAUCCAGAUAGGCUUUUCAUCUACAUUGGUAAUGCGUUGAAUGCAAGUGUUAGAAAUGGGUUUUCGGGGAUUUUGGUUGAUUUGUUUUGUAAGGGUAGUUUGAUACCGGAGCUUCAGGAUCCAGGGACUUGGGAGAAGUUGAGGAAGAGGUUGAGGAAGGGUGGGAGGAUUAUGGUUAAUGUUGGAGGGAGUUGUGUUGAGGCAGAGGAUUCAAGGAGAGAUGGGAAGGUGGUAAUGGAGGAAUCAUUGAAGGCAAUGCAUAAGGUCUUUGGUGAUCAGGUUUUUGUUUUGAAUCUCGGGAACAGGAAGGAGGAUAGCUCCAUUGCUCUCACCGGCGAAUUGCCCGAUCUUGAUGAAUGGAAGAAAGCUCUUCCCCGAUCUUUAAGGUACUAUGUGGAUAUGUGGACACCCGUCAGUUCCUAGUGUAACCGUUUCCAUUAAACACUCUCUGAAAAGAAGCAUUCAGGAGCAGUCUACUGAUGCAGUUCAUAUAUUUGUGUUUAUUCCUGUUAGAAGCAAUGUUUUUUUUUUCCCUGGAUUGUGCAAAGCUUAUUUAUGAGGUUUGAACUUUUCUCCCACCUAAAAUCAUCCUCUCUUUUGUCUCUUUGUUCUCGAUUGGUUCAUUAGGGCAUCUAAGUUGUAACGGAGUCACAUGGAUUGUAAAUGGCGUCAAUAAGAGAAGUUUAGUAUUGUUGGCAAACUAUUUGUUGCUAGAUCAAUGCAAUCAGUUGUUUGGGAUCA